AAUUUAUUAGUGAUGUGUGUAAUGAAAUCAAAAUUAGUGUAAAUGUUUUAGUGAUUUGAUUUGUUUAAUGAAAUAAUAAUAAAACAAAACAACAUAUGAUUGUACUUUGAAAGCGAGACAUAAUAACAAAACGAUUGUUUGUCAAAAAAUAUAUAUUAAAAGAUAAAUGACUUUUGGACUCAAAGCGAUGGCAACGACAAGUCAAGUAUCGCCACAAAUGCCCAUUAAUUUAGUGAUACCGCCGCCCACUGCACGAGUGGUCAAAGAGGGCUGGCUUUACAAAAGAGGUGAACACAUAAAGAACUGGAGACCACGUUAUUUCAUUUUGUUUGAAGACGGAUCACUCAUUGGCUUUAAGAACAAUCCGGACGGCAUUUACUCGGAUCCGCUCAACAACUUUACAGUCAGGGGCUGUCAGAUCAUGAAAACAGAUCGACCAAAACAAUUCACAUUUAUUAUUAGAGGACUUCAAUGGACUACAGUUAUUGAACGCAUGUUUCACGUCGACAAUGACAAAGACCGUAAUGAGUGGUGCGAUGCCAUCACAUUCGUUGCCGGAAGUCUAUCAGUGGAAGAGGAGAGAGAUGUCGAAAUGGUUGACGCAAAUAGAGUACAGGAUGAGUAUCGAAACAAACUUCAUAUAACUACCAGACCAUCAUCUAAAGGACGGCGAAUUACAUUAGAAGAUUUCGAGUUUCUUAAAGUGUUAGGAAAGGGAACAUUUGGUAAAGUGAUUCUGUGUCGCGAAAAGGUUACCGGUUUGUUGUAUGCAAUUAAAGUGCUUAAGAAGGAAACCAUUAUUGCCAAAGAAGAAGUGGUUCACACACUCACAGAGAAUCGAGUUCUAAGAAACACAAAACACCCGUUUCUUAUUUCAUUGAAGUACUCUUUCCAAACGGGGGAUCGAUUUUGUUUUGUUAUGGAGUACGUGAACGGCGGAGAACUGUUCUUUCAUUUAUCACGCGAAAGAAUCUUUACCGAAGAGCGGACCCGUUUCUAUGGCGCACAGAUACUACUAGCCCUCGAGUACCUCCACCAGAGAGGUGUCAUAUACCGGGAUCUUAAACUCGAAAAUCUAUUGCUCGAUAAAGAGGGUAACAUAAAGAUAGCCGACUUUGGUCUCUGCAAAGAGAAUAUCACAUUUGGAUCGACUACCAAAACAUUUUGCGGAACUCCAGAAUAUUUAGCACCGGAAGUUCUCGAGGAUACUGAUUAUGGACGAGCCGUUGAUUGGUGGGGACUGGGAGUAGUAAUGUAUGAGAUGAUGUGCGGUCGACUGCCAUUCUAUAAUCAUGAUCACGAUAUACUGUUUGAGUUGAUUCUUGUCGAAGAAGUUAAAUUCCCCCGAACUUUGUCAACUGAGGCCAAGAAUCUAUUACAGGCACUUCUUGUUAAAGAUCCUCAGAGGAGGCUCGGAGGUGGUGCUGAAGAUGCUAAGGAAAUAAUGUAUCACCCAUUUUUUAGAGGUAUUGUCUGGCAGGACGUCCUCGAAAAAAAGGUGAUGCCUCCAUUUAAGCCUCAAGUGACCAGCGAUACCGACACCCGAUAUUUUGAUCAGGACUUUACAGGUGAGUCAGUUCAGUUGACUCCACCCGAACAAACAACAUUAAAUUCAAUCAACGAGGAGACAGAGCAACCCUACUUCCAACAGUUCUCAUUUCAUGGCAGUGCCACAGCAUUAGCCCAAAGCAUUGAUCAAUAGUGUGACACACUUUAAUAUAUCUCAUAAUUUUCACCACUAAUAUUGCUACAAAUUAUUAUAUCAGUUUAGUUUUUGACUACAUAUACCAAUAUUUAUAUAUAGUAUAUACUUGGAGUUAUUUUUGCUCAUAUAGUGUGUAUAUAUACAGUAUAUGUUAUGUAAAAUAAUUUUGUUGAGACAUAAACUCACAACUAGUGAUUUAUGAGCAAAAAAAGCGAUGUGACGGCCAAAUACUAGCUGAUGAAAAUGAGACAAACAGACAUACAGGGGAACGGCAUGUUUCAAGGAUGACAUGAUUUUUUUAAAAAUACAUCAUUUUAAACAGAUAUAGUCUGUCUAUCACUAUCUCGUUAUACAUGUGAUGAAGUGCUGGUAUUAGUGGUGUAUGUGUGGUGUCUAUAUAUCAGCAAACGAUAAAACUAUUUUCAUUAUUCAAGACAUCAAGUCAUUCCACUAUUUGCCUCAAAUCAAAAUCAUAAAUUCAAGUGAAAACAUUUUAUAAAAAACAUGUUAUCGUUAUAUUAAAGUUAAUAAUAAUACUAUGAAUGGCGCUUUCAUUGUCGUAUAAAAAUGUGUGUUAUGUUUGGCGACAACCUGAUAGUCGGCCACAUCAAGUGUUUAUUGUUUUUGUGUGGUUUUAUAGUUGAAAAUACAGUAUUAGUACUGUACCUAUAAUAUGAUAAAACUGUAGAGUAAUAAUGAUUUCUGGGAUACCGGUGUGUCAUUGAUUUUUUUUUUAAAUCAUUAGGUUUUUUUUGCAUUUACAAAGUCUAUACUAAGUUUUAUAACAUAAUAACAUUUUAUUAACAAAAAUAUCAGUAAUUGCUGUUUAUAUGUGUCAACAGUUAGAUAAUAGCGAGAAAUGUUUGUUUGUGAAACCCAGUGAUCUCUUUGACUCUUUCCAAAUGGUAUUACAUUAUAUUAAAUAUAUAGGAAGUCAUUGGAAAGAGUGAUAUGAAAAUGUGUGUAAAGAUAUGAUACAAAAACAGAUCCAUAAAAUUAUAAAUUUUUACUCCUAUAUUAUGUGCAAUCAUUACGUCAAUGGGUUACGUAACUUGUUUUUCAUUGUGAUGUUUUUCAAUCUCUAACCGUCACCUGAAUUAUCAUAUUAUUGUAUUUAUUUUAUAUAUUAAAUUACAGUACAGGUAUAUAUCAUAGCACUAUUAAAGUAAACAACAUAUUGUAGAGAUUUUAUAUAAAUGAAAAUGAUAUUUGUUUUUAAUAUAUA